AUGAGGAAGGUUUACAGUUCCGGGGCCGACCAGGUCCUGGCUAAGCCGCCGCCAGAGCUGAAUGUCACUGUCCAUCUAUCGUGGCCCGCGCCGAUGCGCGGUUUCAAGGAUAUUGACCCCGCCGAUGUCAACGUCAAGACUCUACUCGCUCGCAUUGCGAGUGAACAUGACGCCAAGGUCGAGGCAGAAGAAAGCACCUCCGCUGUCAAUGUUACUGUCAUGGCGAUGAACCGGGCGAGGGCCCACGAAGUUCUUUCCGCCGUCCGGAAAUUUUACCGGCCAGGCGAGGAGAGCUUGUGGCGAGCCCGACUUGUGGUUCACCCUCCGAAGAAUGGAAGCUACUGCCUCACGGCAUUGCUCCAGCCUAAGGAGGGCGCCACAGGGCGCCGCGUCACCGCUGUGACAAGCAAGAACCCCAGGCCCACCAACCAGGUUGGUCUUGACAAGACGAAAGCCGACUACAAGAAGGCUCUAAUGAAGAUGCUGAACGAGGCAUCCGGGCACUUGCGUCACGAUCCAACCGGCAUGCAAAUGAGAGUGCACUUCGGUAACCUCGUCCUCGACGAGUGGAAGAAGGGCAAAACAGAGUACGACUUCUCGGAGCUGGAGAACCUCAUGUCCCGUGCUGGAACGAGAGGCACUGCUCAUAUGCUGAACACAGUCUCCGAGGCUGCUGCAAAGGCUCUCGCGGAUCGGUUCUCUCACUCAAACAUGGAGCUGCCGGAGACGUUGCAAUCGCUUCUCAAGCUCAAGAGAGAAGACAAUGGCGAGGACGGUGAACCGACAGUCACCUACUCGGUAGUUCUGACUACCAAGAACCUCGUCUUGGAGUCCAAGUUCGAAAGGGUCGGCACGCAGAGGUUCAGAAACGGUCAGGGAGUUCAGUACAGCCUCGAUCCGCUGGAGGUUCAGCAGUUGGAGAAGCAACACCGAGCUGCCGAGUUUAUCAUGGUGUGCCCGGAGUCUGGUCACGACUGGUCCGUCGAGAUCCACAAGACUGCGGCCGACCAAGCGACCAAGGCCUCGCCUCCCUUCGGCGUCCACCAGUUGCAGAAGAAUCUUUCCUUCACCGGGGAACGGAUCGGAGAGGGAUUUCCCUACUUCAAGAUCCCGGACAGUUUCCUGCGCGUCCACAACAUCCAGAAGCUUCACGGAAAGGUGACGCUUCGUUACGGUCUGGGUUUCAAAUACACGCUGGACAUAACCCUCUUCUACGACUUGGAGAAGCAGAAGUCAUUGCCAGAUCGCGCUACGACGGCAACUGUGAUGUUGCACAGCCCCGACUGGGAUUACGAAAUGUCUUCUGACGCGUCGAUUCCUCGGCCGUGUAAGGAGAGCUUCGAGGAGCAUUUCUUGAAGCCGUCUGAGAAUGACGAAGCUCCUGGCGGCCAGGCGGCGGGGCCCGUGGACCACUUCCUUUUGUGGGUCGACUGGAUCCAUAAAGGGCUGGACGGUGCCUCCCGUGGCAACGAGCAGACAGCGGACGAAACUGCUUGA